GCUCCCGCUGAUUGGCUGCCGGCUUUCCCGGUCAGCGGGCGGAGGAUAAACAGGGGUGAAAGGUGCAGCCAUGGAGGCCCAGGAGAGCUGGAGGCCUCCUCGUCAAUGUGACAAUUACCAGAGUGAGUGGAGAUGCUGCCGGAGUUUAAGGAAUCUCUUUCAUCACUACUAUGCGUACGGAGAGAUACCUUCGUGUCAGCAGUGGAAAAGCGACUACAUGAACUGUGUGGAAUGGGAAAAGCACAAAUCUCAAGAGGCUAAGAAAGCUUUACUGGAGAGUGAGCGGAAAAGAGUGAAAGACCAGAAGAGAUACUCGCCAGUCUGGAAACUGAGGAAGAACCCGCCAGCUGACUGGCACCUGCCGCUUAAUGACAGUCAGCAGAAAUAAAGGACAGUCCAUCGUGCCUUGUGCCACCACUUGUCAAAAGGAUGCAGGGAUACAGUGCAAUGACACUGCCUAUGUGCUUCACUGCUGUGCAGUCCAGAACAACUGGGUUCAGGGUAAUCUAACUUGGAAGCUUCCAUCUGCCACAGUUUCUACCUACUGGCCAAGACUAUUUCCAUAGGGAGUAAAGUGGAGUUGGUACACUUGCCUUGGAUUAGAAGAACAAUAUGCUUUUUCAGGUUUAAUAAGUAUAAUGAUACUAGUAAACAAUGAAUGUUAUUGAGGCACUGUUGUCUCCCUCAGUGUUAAAUCAUAAACGUCUCCUAUUAAUUUUAUCUGACUAA